AUGGGCGCUUGGCUCUCUCGGUUAAAGGCCGCAUUGGGCUUAGUGCCAGCCGAUAAAAAGAUUCGUGUGCUCAUAUUAGGCCUCGACAACGCAGGGAAGACAUCCAUCUUGUAUCACCUGCAACUUGGUAAUGUGGUGUCUACUGUUCCCACAGUUGGGUUUAACCUGGAAACGAUGCACUACAAGAAUAUAUCGUUUGAGGUAUGGGAUCUGGGCGGUCAGGCGAAUAUAAGACCGUUCUGGCGUUGCUAUUUCACUGACACAGACGCUAUUAUCUACGUUGUGGAUAGUGUUGAUAAGGAUCGUAUGGGUGUCGCUAAGCACGAACUGUACAACUUACUAGACGAAGAUGAGCUGCGUGACAGCUUGCUCUUAAUAUUUGCCAAUAAACAGGAUAUGGUGGGUGCAGCAAACGAAACUGAGAUUGCGCAGCAACUGGGAGUAGCGUCACUGACUAGUCGCACCUGGACAAUUGUGAAGAGCAGCGCGAAAACCGGUGAGGGUUUGCUCGAAGGAAUGGAUUGGCUUUGUGAUCGAUUGCGCGAGCGGGGGACUGUCACCAGCACCUCAUAA